UCCGUCGGAAACUCCGACCGCAGUGUAUACAGAUACGUGCCCUUGCUCCACGAGCACCCCUAUGCGGCUGGGGUGAUGGGGACAUUGAAACAUUGGGGGGAUAUGGAGAACUGGUUUGGAGAAAAAGAGGCCUGGGGGUUGAACGAGUGGAUGUCGAAGUGGGAAAUUGGACCCCAACUGCUCCAACUCGGGGCCCGCCGGGAUUGUCGGCCCGCGAUAAGCGAUAAGGUCACGGGUGCAGGUGGAACUGGUAAACCAAGCACCCGCAACAUUAAUGUCUAUCACUCACAUGACACAGGAAUCGGCGCCGCAACUACAAAGGCCUUCGCUGCAGCUGGUUGUACGCAAAUCGCCAUCACAGACCUCAAUGAAGAGUCCCUGCAACAAACAGCAAAAGUCGUCACCUCAACAUAUCCGAAAGUACGGCUGCUAGUAAUGGCCGGGGACGUGGCAGACGACCAAUUCUCGGAUGCAUUCAUUAAUGCGGUUGUACAAGAAUUCGGACGAGUAGACUAUGCUGUGAACUGUGCAGGAGUCCUUAGCAAGCCUCUACGCUCGGCAGAGAUGUCGCUUGAGGAAUUCGAUCGCGUCAAUAACAUCAACUACCGAGGCUGCUGGCUCUCAUCUCGGGCAGAGCUUAGGCAGAUGGUCACACAAAGUGGACUCCCUAGCCAUGAUUCCAAUCGUCCACCUCAACGUGGUGCUGUGGUAAAUGUUUCCAGUCAACUUGGCAUUGUCAGCCGGCCGGGUGCUCCUGCAUAUUGUGCCUCAAAGGCUGCUGUCAUUGGAAUGACACGUGCCGAUGCGAUCGACUAUUCCAAAGAUGGGAUUCGAGUCAACUGUGUCUGCCCUGGCGUUAUUGAAACGCCACUGGUGAUGGAGAAGCCUGAAGUCCGCGAGGCCAUCAUGCCAGCAGUGGAGACCGCACCAAUGAAGAGAAUGGGCCAGCCGGCAGAAGUGGCCGAUGCCAUUCUUUUCUUGUGUUCAACACAGGCAUCGUUUGUUCAGGGCCAUGCCAUGGUGGUUGAUGGUGGAUAUAUAACGGUCUAG